AAAAGGAAAACAAGUGAUUAGCAUACAAGUAAUUCUUCUAAAAAAAGAUCAAGUUAACAUACCAAUCACAUCGCUUCAAAAUGAAUGGAAUAAAUUGUGCAUUGCUACUUUUUGUGGUUAGCAAUUUAUUGGUACAGUGCGAAUGCGAUAACGUUACAACAAGAAGGGCACUCGCCGCUGUUGACAGCUACGUAAACCUUGGAACUGUUGGUACAUUUUCAGUUGGCUUUACUCAAACAGUCAUCAGUUUUUUGCUUGAAGAAUAUAUGAACCGUAAGUGUUACUCCUUAACAAUCAAGGUCUUAAACAAUAUGAAAGUACGAUCAUUUGUCAAACCUACGAUAUACCUACUGUAUGGAAAGACAGUAAGCCCUCCGAUGUUAUUUAUCAAUCCUAUAGAAAAUAAGCAAGGCGAUGCAGAAAUUUUUAAACACACAGAAAUUGUAAAAAUAGCUGGAGAUGACGAUCAGAUUAAAGGAUAUUUAUGCUACCAAGUCAAUACAAGUAGAACAACUAUAGAAGGAAAAAAAUUCUGUGUUGGUUUUGAUGUUGCGGAUAAAGACAACGAGUUCUAUGUCUUUACUGCAGAUUUUGAAACUAAUAUACGAAGUCAAUUAGAUUUUUUGCCAAUGAAGUCUGCAAGAGAAGAAGGACAAAGCAUGCAAGAAAACGAUAAGGAACUGAAAAUAAAAAUAUACACGCAGAUGACGACCGGUAAAAACGCACUCAUUUAUGUAAGAGUGGACAGCUUAAACGUCAUCAAAACGUAUCAGAGUGCUCUUGCCAAACGCGAGCUAACGCUACUUGGAUCAAUUGCUUUGGGAGCUGUCACUGGCAUAGCAGGAACCUUGGCACAAGCUGCUUAUAGAUAUUGUAAAAGUGUUUAUGGCACUGUUCUUGCUAUAGAAAAUUUAUCUAAGGACUCAGAUCCCUUUGUUUUAUACGAUCCAGAAUGGUACGCUCAGGAAGGAAUAAGUGUUGAAACAUUCAUUCCAUCAAAAGUAGAAGAAGGUCAAUCUAUGCAAGUUACUUUAACUUCGUCAAAAAAAAUUGUGGGUACAUCAGUAUUUGUGAUAUGUUUUAAAGUGCGAGGUGAAGAUCCAAAACAAACUAAACGUUUGGUGCUUGCAAUCUGGUGGCUCCCACUUGGGCAAGGAGGACAGAAAAAACGGUACUCUGUGUCAAUGAUGGCUUCCCGUGAUGCUAAAGAGAGUGUUAAGCCCUUGUUAAAAGAUUAUGCAAAAGUCAUCAAAAAUUAUCCAAAAGAUGAGAAAAAAGCGAAUCAAAAUAAUCCCAAAGCCAACGAUUAUUUAUAUUUUGGUGACAAGAAAAAUCGUGAAGCUAUUCGCUAUAUAUCUGUUGGAGGGGAUUAUUAUGAACAAGGUUAUAUUUUUUGGAAACUUCCUAUAGAUUGUGAGGGAAAAAAAGCAGGAGGAGGUCAAGUCAAAGUAAGAACCCUUAAACUAUUGACAGCAAUUGGAAAUGGAAAUAAGAAUAUGAUGGCCGUGAAAGUAUUUGGAACUUCGCAGACAGCAGCUGCAUAUGGUCCCAACGAUUGCUUCAUACCUGAACCUGUAGAUUAUGAAUAUACGGACGACCAGACACCUCUUCAAUAAGCAAUUUGCGGUGCAAAAUGUUCCCGUGGUGAUUCACAAAAUACUCUUACCAUUAUUAUUUUAAAAAAUUAUUUAAUCGGUGAUCAUAAAGAACUAAAUUGAAUUAAGAAAGUCUGCAUUUUUUGCUGUUUUCAUAAAACUCUUCAGCCUCUCUUAAUAAUGUACAUGGUUUAGCUUUAACCGUGCACUUUGUGCAAACAGCAAGUGUGAACUGGCUUCUUACCGUGAAAAACUUAUAAGGGGCGGUAUUUUUAGCCAGUAAAAAUAUUCGCAGGAGGUUGGGGGUGCAAGUUUUGAAAGUGCUUUUUGCUACACUGAAUGUAGCUUAUUGACCGCUGCUAAAUUAAUAUUAAAAAACCCAAUUAUAUAUAAUUGCAAACACGACCAAUAAGAUUUUGAGCAUUCC